AUGGGACGGAUUUCUUCAAAUAUUAAAGAAGGCACCAAGGUUUUUGUUUUGAGUUCAGUUGUAGGUGAAAACACUGCCCGACUGCUUUUGGAAGAAUUAUGGAAGACUAAACAACUUUUUGCAUUUUACAAUUCAUCAGUUGUACUUAUUGCCGAACUUUCUAAUGCAACACCCGGACAGUUCUUUGAGUGUUUUAUGCCUAUUGAUUUUAUAAUGUCAGUAGUAAUUCCAUCAACAAAUAGAUGUGCGCAUGAAUGUGAACAUGAGCGAAGUGAUUUAACAUGGACAGAAUUCAUGAGGUUUAUCAGUAUUUUAACAAUUAUGACAUACAUAAAAUGUGCCGAUAUUCGUGAUUAUUGGUCCAUUAAACAAGAAACAUUUCACGCAUUUAAUGAAAAUCUUACAAAAGCUAUUCUACCCGGUCCUUACCUUUGCAUGGAUGAAUCAAUGUGCAAAUGGAUGGGCAAAGUUGAUAAAGGUCCAUUCAAACGAAAAAUAUCCAGAAACCACAUCCAAUUGGUUUCAAAUCAAUACCCGGCAACCGUCGCAUCUAUGUUAAGAUUAGUAGAACCAUGGUUUCGUAGUGGUAGAACAAUUAUCACUGAUUCAUGGUUCGCGCAUUUUGCGAGUCUAAAGGCACUUUCUCUAAGCAAGACAGGCAGUCCGUUAAUGGACAUAGAUGGAAGUGGACGGAUAGCAGCUGGUGAAAAAGGACUGACAUCUUCAACUUGGAGCCCUAAUCUUCUUGCAGUUGAUCUAGUUGAAUAUUUUAGUAGUAGUGUACCGUUUCAUGUUAUCUUUAUUAAGAAAGAAAAUAAUUAUUAUCCACCUUGUGUCAAUGCUGGAUGUAAUAAAGGCGUUUCUGAUGAAAAUAGAGAUGAAUGGUUGGAUAUUGCUAGAGUUCGAUACACUGUAGCAAAUAUAAGUCCUGUUGGCAAGAUACUCCGCUCCGUAUUAUAA